AUGCGAGAACUACCUGCAGUUAAGGGGUACAUUCCCAAACCGCCAUCACCCAUCAAAGUACACCCCGAUGAAGAUCAUGAGGAGUUUCUUGCCAAUGCAAGGCGCAUUCAGAGAAUGAUGUAUGCAGAUUAUCUUGACCAGCAAUUGGAGGAACUAAUUGCAGAGACUCAACCGUCGCUCCCGCUCAUAACGCCAACACCCCUAGUUGCUCAAGUACAAACCCCAUCAGAUAAUGAAGUUCAGGCCACUCCUCCGUCAGAUGGCACCGAAACGACUGUCACUCCCCUUCAAUUUCCAACCCAUCCAAGACCACCACCAGGACCACGCCCACCGACGGCGGCGAGAAAAACACGAGCACGUAGUAAUUCCCUGGCCAAGAGAAGAAUCAAUGGAGGCGUGGAUCCCCUAGCUCCUCCGCCAAGACCAGGCUUGAUUUCAAUGGAGGGACCCCCAGGGAGGAUGGCAACAAGGCUAGGCGGGAAUCAAAGGCUUCCACACCCACCACAACCGAGACAAGGCGGAAUGGAUGGGUUGCCACGCCCACCUCCAACGAUGCGAGGCGGAAAUCAUGAUGCACCACGUGCACCACAACCGAUACUUGGCGGAAUCCAUCGGGUGCCACUUCAGCCACCAUCGCUUCCAGGCCGGAAUCUUGGGGUGGGCCUACCACGCCAAACACCAUCAAUGCGGGGAGGAAAUCAUUUAGAACCCAUCCCCCCAUCAUCCAACCGAGGCGGGAACCAUAGGGUGCCAGCACAUCAACCACAACCUAGGCAGGCUGGGAAUCGCUUGGAACCGCUUCCACCUUCAAGCCAUGGCGGUAAUCGUGGAGAUAAUUCACGUAAAUUCAUGAAAAAGAGCAACGCAAAAAAUACUGAAACAACAAAACCUUCAGAGGAAGAGACAGUCAAUCAGACUGGAGAAAUGAAGCCUCAUCCCCCAGCACGACCUCACUCUUUCCGUGUGCUUCAUAAGCGGACCCAGCUCACAGAAGGUUGGGAUAUCAUCCUUAGGACAACAAGGGAAGAAGUGCUCGAGGUUAUCAAUCCAAAGCAGACCGAAGUCGUCGAGGCCAACGACCCUGACCAAAGUCAGGAAAACCAAUCUGCAACUGAGCAGACCCUCAACCAUGAGUCAUCACCAGGCGUCACCUUUCGAGCACCUUCCUGUACCUCGAGCAGUGACCAGGAGGAAAUACCCGAGGAAAUAAGUGCCCAAAGAUAUUCCCGAUCACGGUUUGUUUAA